AUGACUUCAGAAUUACCUGAUUCUCCCUUAGGUAUCAUAGUCCGGUCCACGGUGUGGUUAGGAUUCCCGAGCUUCGUGGACAUCUCAGCUGUGAAUGGGACUGACGUGUGGCCCACUGCCUUCUGUGUGGGGAGUGCAAUGUGGAUCCAGCUGCUGUACAGUGCCUGCUUCUGGUGGCUGUUCUGCUAUGCGGUUGAUGCCUAUCUGGUGAUCCGGAGAUCCGCUGGACUGAGGUAUUCAGAGGAAGCAAGCCUGGCUUCUGACCCGCUUUUCCCAGCACAGACCUUUAAAAUUUCCCCUGUUUAUGAGACAGACAGAACUGUGAUUGAUUCCCCCUAUUCUUCUCCAGUUUAUUGCUGGUCCACAGACGUGAGAGAUGAGUCAGAUUUCCGCUGGGCCGAAAUGACUUGGCUUCCCUUGCUCAGGUGCGAGAGGGGCCUGGAGCACGCCAUCCCCCACUAUGUCACCACGUACCUGCCGCUGCUGCUCGUCCUCGUGGCCAACCCCAUCCUGUUCCGGAAGACAGUGACUGCAGUGGCCUCCUUGCUGAAAGGAAGACAAGGCAUCUACACAGAGAGCGAGAGACGGAUGGGAGCGGUGAUCAAGACCCGGUUUUUCAAAAUCAUGCUGGUUUUCAUUAUUUGUUGGUUGUCAAAUAUCAUCAAUGAAAGCCUUUUAUUCUAUCUUGAAAUGCAACCAGAUAUCAAUGGAGGCUCUUUGAAACAGGUCAGGAAUGCAGCCAAGACCACGUGGUUCAUUAUGGGGAUCCUGAAUCCAGCCCAAGGGUUCCUCUUGUCCCUGGCCUUCUACGGCUGGAAAGGGUGCAGCCUGGAU